UAGCUGGCCAUAUUUAAUAUUUUCUCCUUUCUUCAAAAAGUUCUCUCCUUUCUCUGUCCCCCCAAUUUCUCCUUCAGUUUCAGAGGAAAAGGAAGUUCUUCAUCUUCUGUAAUGGAUGAUGAUGAUUGUGAAGGGUAUUUGUUUAAAGUAGUAAUCAUAGGAGAUUCAGCAGUAGGUAAAUCAAAUUUAUUAUCAAGAUAUUCUAGAAAUGAAUUCAAUAUACAUACAAAAGCAACCAUAGGUGUUGAGUUUCAGACACAGAGUAUGGAGAUUGAUGGGAAAGAAGUUAAAGCUCAGAUUUGGGAUACUGCUGGUCAAGAAAGAUUUAGAGCUGUUACUUCUGCUUAUUAUAGAGGUGCUGUUGGUGCUCUUAUUGUUUAUGAUAUUACAAGAAGGACUACUUUUGAUAGUGUUGGUCGUUGGCUUGAUGAACUCAACAUACAUUCUGAUACAACUAUAGCGAGGAUGCUGGUUGGAAACAAGAGUGAUUUAGAAAAUAUCAGAGAUGUCAGUGUGGAAGAAGGGAAGAGCUUGGCAGAGGCAGAAGGGUUGUUCUUUAUGGAGACAUCUGCCUUAGAUUCAACCAAUGUCCGAACUGCAUUUGAAAUGGUUAUCAAAGAAAUUUACAACAAUGUAAGUCGGAAAGUCUUGAAUUCUGAUGCUUACAAAACUGAAUUAUCUACCAAAAGCGUGAGUCUCAUUGACGAAAAAUCCAAACAAACUCAAGGUUAUUCUUGUUGUUCAAGAUGACUUCCAAUUCCCGCACAGCACAGCCACACAGAUGUUUGAGAUUGCCCGAUUAAUUGACAAUUAAAAGGAAAGGUUGGUCGAGUAAAUCGUUGAGUUUGUUUGUUUGUUCUUUUUAUAUAAUGGAUUUGUCUCCAGUUCUGAUUUUUUAUACCCACUGAAGUGUUUUGCCACUGGAGAUGAUUUUUUUUUGGUCUUGAGACGAACAUUUGAAAGAAAGCAAAGAAGAAGAAAGAAAAAAGUGAUAUUUACAUGAAAUAAAUCUUACGGUAUCUGCCAUAUGUAGACAUAAACUUUAUAGACAAAAAUAUGAUUGUUAUCUUGUUUCUCUUUGAAACUCUCUUUUAUAUAUUGAUUGUCAUUGUUAAGGAUUGUAUGCA